UUUCCUGGCCCCCUUUCAAAGUGACAGCUCCUCAUAAGCGCCAAUGGAGAAAAGCAAAACUUUAGCGCGUUUAUGACUUCAUAGCAGCUUCUCAUCAAAUUCGGUCCUUAUCGGAUAGGAAAAGGUGAUUUGGGGAGUUUUAAAAACUUUUUUUAAAAUUGUGGCAGGAAGGAGGAGAAGAAAUAAGCGGUCCAGUGUGCCCUUUUUUGUACUGCAAAUGGAAAGGAGAAGCUAUUACGCCCACAGGCGGGCUUCAGUAUAGCUGCAGUAUUUUCAUCUCCCUAUUGCAAGAUUUGGGGAGGCGGCUCCAUGUUUUUCCUGGUGGGAGCAGACAUCGAUAGUGACUUAGAUCAACGGGAGCAACACACACUUGCACAGAUGCAGAACUUCACUGCGCUAAUGCAUGCACGUGUGUUGUCGAGAUGCAGACGACUGCAAAAACCAUCAUUCCACAUAAACCUAUAUCGUUAACACAGAGCGUUUAUGUCUCAAUCGCCAUAGAGUCAGGUUGAAACCAGAGACUAAGGCAGAAACAAAUGAGCAGGGCACCUUCCCGGAUAACCAAAUUUUAUGAAUGCACCUUAAAUGUUCAUGGAGCAGAGCUCACAAUUUCAGAAGUAAAAGGAUCCUCACGCAGUCACUGGCAGGCCCCUCCGGUAGAAUUACUGCAGCACAGUAGAGGAGAUCCUAUAGACCGCCGCACGCUGCAGAGGUUAGUCUACUGAAAAUACCGCCUCUGUCGCGCUCGGUUCACCCGAUUGCAACGCAGCCACGCCUGCCCCCUCGGAAACUGAAGAUCUCGACUAUAACAGGAAGUGAGGAGCACGUGUUUCUCUCUCUCGCUGCCGGUCUCUAUGGUUUCUAGCCGCCCUCUUCCGUCACAGGAUCAGCAAUCAGACCAGAAGGGUUGCGGGGUGCUGCGCGGGAGAGCGCGCGAUCCGAAUCGGUUCCCAGAGCAACUAUAGGAAUGACUUCUAUGAAGCUCAAAACAAUGGCAGCAAUGUUACAGAGGCCGCUGCAGCAGGUGUUUCGUCAGUUUGUAAGACAUGAGUCUGAGUUUACGAUUCCCGUAGUCCUUGAACGGUCGCUGAACCGUAUCCAGCUGCUUGGCCGCGUAGGACAGGAUCCUGUCAUGAGGCAAGUGGAAGGGAAAAAUCCUGUCACGAUUUUCAGCCUGGCAACCAACGAGAUGUGGCGAUCGGGAGACAGCGAAGUCCUCCAAGGAAGUGAUGUUACUCAGAAAACAACGUGGCACAGGAUCUCCGUGUUCAGGCCAGGCUUGAGAGAUGUGGCUUAUCAAUAUGUCAAGAAGGGUGCUCGAAUAUAUGUGGAAGGGAAGAUAGACUAUGGGGAAUAUAUGGACAAGAACAAUGUGAGACGGCAAGCCACAUCAGUCAUUGCAGAUAACAUUAUUUUCCUGAGUGACGUGAAAGAAAAGGAAUGAGCUGGUUGGUUUCUUGGACUUUGGCUUGAGCAGUGUCCUUUCUAUUUUUGUAGCAGUUCCUAAUUCUGCAAUCAUGUAUCUCCCUAUGUUUGUUUGCUUUUUUGGCUGUAAUUAAAAUAACCUUUUGUACAAAUUAGCAUAA